CAGAAACUCAGUGUGCAAGUGAGGGGGGUUUAUGUACACAGGAGAGGUGAAGGUGUGAGUCUGAGAAAGGAGCAAGGCAAGGGAUUUAUAUGCACAAGGAAAGAGGUUGGGUGCCGAGAUGUGGGUGUCUGUGCAAAGUGGAGAAGCCUCAUGUGCAAGGGAAAUGUUUGCUGGGAAGCAUGUGUGUUCAAAGGAGAGAUGUUGAGCCUGCCAGGGAUAAAAAUAAGAAGAGAGGUUGGCAAGAUGUUCGUGAAGAGGAGAGGUGUGAAGUUUGUAAGGGAGAGUGAUGUUUGCAAGAAAGACAGUAUGGCGAACAGAAAGCUCUGCCGCGUACAAGGCAUUUUGAGGCAAUGUGGCUGAAGGUGGGGUACCUACUGCGGGUGACCUAUGGAGAACGGAGACAGAUUGUUGGUCUACCUUGUGGGACCCUGGGGCCUGGGGCCCACUGGUGGGGACCAUGUGUGGGUUCUUGGGCCCAAAAGUUUCAUCAGGAUGGGCCUGGAAGAGGCCUGGGUGAGGAGGAUAUUCGCAGGGCCCGGGAUGCCCGUCUCAAGAAGACACCCCGGCCCCAGCUCUGUGAUCGCUCUCGAGAACGCAAGGUGCCUGCCUCCCGCAUCAGCCGCUUGGCCAACUUUGGGGGACUGGCUGUGGGCUUGGGGCUGGGAGCACUGGCCGAAGUAGCCAAGAAGUCCCUGCCAGGAGGACAUGUGCAGUCAGAGGGCAGCUCUCAGCUGAGCUCUAGCCCCUUCCUCUCAGAGGCCAAUGCGGAGCGGAUCGUGCAGACCUUAUGUACAGUUCGGGGGGCCGCCCUCAAGCUUGGCCAAAUGCUCAGCAUCCAGGACAACAGCUUCAUCAGCCCCCAGCUGCAGCGCAUCUUUGAGCGGGUCCGACAGAGCGCCGACUUUAUGCCCCGCUGGCAGAUGCUGAGAGUUCUCGAAGAGGAACUUGGCAAGGACUGGCAGGCCAAGGUGGCCUCCCUGCAAGAGGUGCCUUUUGCCGCUGCCUCAAUUGGGCAGGUACACCAGGGCAUGCUGAAGGACGGGACAGAGGUGGCUGUGAAGAUCCAGUACCCCGGUGUUGCCCAGAGCAUCCAGAGUGAUGUCCAGAACCUGCUGGCAGUGCUAAAGAUGAGUGUAGCCCUGCCUGAGGGCCUGUUUGCUGAGCAGAGCCUGCAGGCCCUGCAGCAGGAGCUGGCUUGGGAGUGUGACUACCGUCGAGAGGCCGCUUGUGCCCAGAACUUCAGGCAGCUGUUGGCAGAUGACCCCUUCUUCCGGGUGCCUGCUGUGGUUAAGGAGCUGUGCACAACGAGGGUGCUGGGCAUGGAACUGGCUGGAGGGGUUCCCCUGGACCAGUGCCAGGGCCUGAGUCAGGACAUCCGGAACCAGAUUUGCUUCCAGCUCCUGAGGUUAUGUCUGCGGGAGCUGUUCGAGUUCCGAUUUAUGCAGACAGACCCCAACUGGGCCAACUUUCUAUAUGAUGCCUCCAGCCACCAGGUGACCCUGCUGGACUUUGGUGCAAGCCGAGAAUUUGGGACAGAAUUCACAGACCAUUACAUUGAGGUGGUGAAGGCUGCAGCCGAGGGAGACAGAGACCGGGUCCUGCAGAAAUCCCAGGACCUCAAAUUCCUCACAGGCUUUGAAACCAAGGCCUUCUCCGACGCCCACGUGGAGGCAGUAAUGAUCCUGGGGAAACCUUUUGCCACCCAGGGCCCCUAUGACUUUGGGGCAGGGGACACUGCUCGCCGCAUACAGAGCCUUAUCCCUGUGCUGCUGCAGCACCGGCUGUGCCCGCCACCUGAAGAGACCUAUGCUCUGCACCGCAAGUUGGCAGGGGCUUUCCUGGCCUGCGCCCGCCUCCAUGCCCACAUUGCCUGCAGGGACCUCUUCCAGGACACCUACCACCGCUACUGGGCCAGUCGCCAGACAUAGCCAUUGACUGGCAGCCUCCUGACCAGAGAGGACCUUGCGGCAGGUCCCUCCUGACUGCCUCCAUGGGAGAUCCCAGCCCAAAGUGGGCCACCCCCUAUCUGUGGUGCCGCCUAUCUCUGGCCCUCGUGCUCUGGAUCCCAGGGGCCUCCUUCGGUUUCCUAAUUUUGCCUAGCUCCCCUCUUUGGCCCAGGAGCUCAGGAAGCCUGGGGCUAAGGACCUUCCAAUUUCAUGGGCUGUGUAUCCUGCUCCUCCUACUCCAAAGUGGGCAACCAGGAAUUCUGAGCCAAUUAAUUCUGAAAACAAUUAAUUUAUUUCUGCCAGCAUGUUCAGGAGCCCUCAGCCCUCCUGCAUGCCAUUAUGGAAAACCGGGCUCUAGAGGGGUAGCCCCUCACCUCUGUCUCCUGG